ACUCCCCCGAGGUGGUGGCGGCUGGCGGUGCGCUUCGGCUUCCGCCGCUUGCGAGUUGGUGGCUCGCCCCCUCUCGCUCUCAACUCUCUCUCUCCCCCGAAAUUCCGAAUCCGAUCGAGACGAAUCGAGAGAGAGAGAGGCGCCGCGGAUCCGGGUGAAUGCUUCAGUGAUUAAUCUGGCCGGCACAAGAUGUCAUUGCACAUUGGGCGGCUCAGUUCACAUGUGCGUCAAAGAUAUCUUGAACAUCUUUUCCAGAGGUUUGGAAAUUGCACAGUGAGGCUGAAAGAUGGAUAUGGAUUUGCGGUCUUUGAUUCUAAUGAUGAUGCAGCUCGAGCCAUGCGGGCACUGCAGGGGAAAUUUGUUUGUGGGGAGCGCAUUACUGUUAAUUGGUCAAAACAGCAGCCCAGAUUUUCUAAGGAUUUCAGAAGUUCAAGAAACAUUGAGUCAUCUCACCAGAGGGCACCCAGAGUCAGAGAUGGUAAUAUUAGGUUCAGGGAUUCUUUAGCUCAGAAGAAUCACCCUGCAAGUCAUGAUCAGGGUCACAGUCCUGAUGUUGCACCAGAACAGAAAUCAUCUGAUGGUGCAUUGGAAAAGAAAUCUGAUGAAAAGAAAUCUGAUGGUGAUGUUGAGGAUUUGAAGGAUGUGAGGGAAACUGUUGGUCAAGAUCCAGUGGAGAUGAAGAGGAAUGAAGAUGUUACAAGUGAUGCAAAUGUAAUUGAACAUGAUAGAUGGGAGGAAACUGGAAAAGGGAAUCCUGGUAGAGAUGAUGAUGAUUUUGACCGUUAUGAACCUUAUCAUGGCUAUGCCAGGCAAGAAGAAAGAGCAGAGGUUGUCAAAGCAAGUUCUCAGGAGACUUAUCAUCAUAGAUUUUCUUCACAGAAGUCGAAAGAGUAUCCUGCUGGCCAUACUGCUCAUGAUUGCCCCCAGAAAACAGAUGGAGGAUUCGAAGCAUGGAGAGAUGCAUUGAGUAGGCAAGAAAGGCUGAGAAGAUUUGGGUCUCCCUCAAGGAGGCAACCAGAUACUCGUGAUUGCUCUAAGAAAACAGAUGACAGAUUCGAAGCAUGGAGAGAUGCAUUGAGUAGGCAAGAAAAAGGUAUGGUGAGGCUGAAAAGAUUUGGGUCUCCCUCGAGGAAGCGGACAGAAGAAUUUCGUGUUGAUAAGGUGGUAGAAACACAUCGUAUGGUACAAGAUGGCAGGAAACAAUUUUCUGAUAGGACUAGCCACGCUCACAGAUUGAGUAAUGUUUCUAGAGAGGACAAAAGGCAUACCCGUUGCAGUGAAAGUAUACCACAGACCCCCAAGGAGUCACGCAAGAGAAGCAGAUCUAAAAGAUCCCGUGGGUCAUCCCUCUCUUCUGACAGGAGUACCUCACAUUCAACAUCUAAAUGUUCUCGUUCAAGAGCACAUUCCCCAUCUCAUUCUGCACAUUCUAGUUCAAAAUCAUUUCAGCCAACUCAGCCUGAAGGUUUAAGAUCAAUGGCAGUAUCAAAUGUCAGUCCAUUGCUGGUGUCUGGUUCACCACAACACAACUUACCAUCCACAGCGGAAAACAAGAACUCAGAUUUUCUGGUGAAUUCUCCUUUGGAGGGCAAUUUAGAUUCCAAAACAACAACUGGACUCAAGCAUACACGUGGUUACCAGCAAGAUAUCAAAGAUUCAAGAUUGAGUGGAGAGUCUCCAGUUAUUCCACUCAGGUUGAAAAUCCAAAGGAAUGGUGAAUUGCCUGUAUCUGGUAAAGAUGCUUAUCUGGAUGGUUACACAGAGACCAACUUGAAUAAUAACUUGGUUUAUGAUGACAAUGUUGCUGAUGGUGUGCAAGUUCAGAAGACCAAUUCUGAGGACGCUUCAUCAGUGAAGUCAAGCAAGGAUAUUCUGGUGAAAAGUGAGAGGAGCAACUCUUUGAAGCUAACAACAAAUGAAGUGGUCUCUGCUCUUAAGCACAAUGGAAUGGAAGCACGUGGUACAGAUUUAUUGAACCAACCUGUAGAGAAGUACUUUGGUGCUGCACGCCUAUGGCCAUGGGAAGUCAUUUAUUAUCGGAAGCUUAAAAAGGGUCCAAUUUCUACAGAGAACUACGCUAAGCGACUUGAGCAGAACAAAGAAUAUAGUAUUGUAGAUCGGUAUGUCAGAAGCAGCAGUGGUUGGUGGGAGUGCCACUAGAAUGCCAGACUGGUGGUAUAGAUAGAUGCAGUUGAGGCUUUGCGUGUAUGCUGCUGCAGGUACAUUUUGAGGAUGACAAGGUUUGCCUUCUAAUCAGUCCAUUCCUAGAGCUCCAUGAGUGUAAGCAGACCCUUAACUAUGAGAAUUAUUAAGUAUUAGGUUCUUUCAUUAGUAUAAUUUUGUUGAGUAAGGGUUUGCACAAUUGCACCUAAGUAGCUUAUUCUGCCACCAAUAUUAUGCUGUUGCAUGGUCAGUAUGUUUUAAGUUGUAAUGUUUCAACGACUCGCCCCAGUGAGGUACUUUGGAUGGCCAACAGGUAAGCAAAGAUGCUUAUUUUAUACAUGAUUUUUUGGGGAAAAGAAACAAGCCUCUUGUUUAGCAGUUAUAUAGAGGAAAGGUUCUCUCUGUAGUUUAUGAUUUCCUUAGUACUCCCUCCCUCUGGUUUCAUAAUUCUUGACAUUUUGGACAAUGAUAUGGUCUCCAAAAUAUAUCUUUAACUAUGUUUUCUCUAUUAUAAUAUAUACAAUAAAUAAGUAUAUUUUUACUUUUAUUAUAGUACUUAUAAGACAAAUCUAUAUAUGUUGUUUUAGUGUCUUUAAACUUAAUAUUUUAGAAGUUAUUGAUAGUCAAAGUUAUAAAAGUUUGAUCUUAACCUUAUCCUAAACACCAAGACUUAUGAAACCGGAGGGAGUAUGACUACAAUUAUUUUUGUAAUCAACAACUUCCAUACCCCGCUAAUCGAGCUGAAAUAUUACAGUGAUGCCACUUCGUGAUAGAUUUCAUAUGCAAGAUGUGCUCCCCCGGCUUACAAGCUUUUGGAUAGGACCAAGAAAUUCUUCGCAUGUUUGAGUCGUCACUGUUAUUUUUGUGUAGCUGAAUUGGAGUAGGUGAUUGAAGCUUUGCUAACUGGAUUACCUGUUACUUUUAUGUAGCUACCCUAUGAGGAUUAUGCCAUUCUGGCUGGACACAUGAACUCCAUAAUAUCAGUACCUUUAUUUGAGUCAGUUUUUGGUCUUUUAA